CCAAGAACAUACAGUUGAAGAAAUUUAUCAAGAAUUAUAUAAUGCACAAAUUGAAGAAAAAGAUGAGGAAGAAAAUAAAAAUGAAAUUGAAAAUCAAUUAAAUGUUAAUUUAGAUGAAUAUAAUGAAAAAGAUUUAGAUGAUGAACAAGGAACUACAUGGGAAAAUUUAAAUUUAUUAGAAAUAAUUGAUUUGGAAAUGGAUACUUUUAAAGAUACUGAUGAUAAUCAAGUAAUAGAAAAUUCAGAUAAUGAAAAUGAAUUAAAAUGA